AGAGGUUUUGUGGGUGAAUGUUUUCUUUAAUUGGUGAUACAAGUUGAGCCGUCCCUGGUGUCGUGAGCACGUUCGAUUCGCGCUGAUCUGGCGGUUGCCGGGGCGGGUCAUUCAUUGGUGGGCCUAAUCAGCGGAUUUCCAUUGAAGCGGAUGUUAUUAGGUGUUGUGCGCGUAGACGCGUCUGUCAGUGUGAUCGACACCGCGACCAUGGAAGGACGCCCCUUCGGCCCGCAUGACUAGUAAACAGUUAAACGCCACUAUCGGGAGCUCGUUUACAGACAAUUACGUGAUAAAAACGAAAACAUUACCCGGAAUCGGCGCAGCAACUCACUCGUUGCCGGACAAAUAUUUAAAGUAAUUUUCAAAUGGACUGUUAUUUGUUAAUAAAUCCUCUUAGACGAGGCCGGCUCGGUCAACAGUGAUAACAGUAGUGUCAAUAUUUGGUUUGGCGACAUUCAAUCACCUGCUGACGGCGAUUUCGGACGUGCUCAUUAUCGUUCGGACGCUUAGAAGAAAAGUCGGUGGAGAGUGUUGUAGUGCGGGAGAAUGCCGGUUUUGGGGUACGGGAUGUCUCAGCAGUGUCCGAUGGGGUAUCCAGUGCCGGAGUACCUUGCCCCUGCACCGGCGCCCGUGUGGGAGAAGGCCCCAAUCAGUCCCUACUACAUGCACCGCAGCCCGAUCGAGGAGACUCCCGCCAACAACAUGACGUAUACCAGAGAAGACAGUGACAUGCAGCUGGAGACGAGCAGCAGCGAGGCGAGCGCCGCCAGCUCGGUGGCUCUCUCGCAGCACUGCGCCAUCUGCGGCGACCGCGCCACCGGCAAGCACUACGGCGCCUCCUCCUGCGACGGCUGCAAGGGCUUCUUCCGACGCAGCGUCCGCAAGAACCAUCUCUAUACUUGCAGAUUUAACAGAAAUUGUGUGGUGGACAAAGACAAAAGAAAUCAGUGCAGAUAUUGUAGGUUAAGAAAAUGUUUCAAAGCUGGCAUGAAGAAAGAAGCUGUCCAGAAUGAGCGAGACCGCAUCAACUGCCGCCGGCCGUCUUACGAGGAGCCCACGCAGGCCAACGGGCUCUCCGUCGUGUCGCUGCUCAACGCUGAACUGCUCAGCAGGAAGGUCAUUGACGAGACGCACAACACAAGCGACGCGGAGAUCAACAACCGGAAACUGGCGAAGAUCAACGACGUGUGCGACUCCAUCAAACAACAGCUACUGAUAUUAGUCGAGUGGGCCAAGUACAUACCCGCCUUCACAGAGCUGCAUCUAGACGACCAGGUGGCGCUGCUGCGCGCGCACGCGGGCGAGCACCUGCUGCUGGGCUGCGCGCGCCGCUCGCUGCACCUCAAGGAUGUGCUGUUGCUCGGAAACAACUGCAUCAUCACCAAACACAACAUCGAUGGCCGAAUGGACAUCGACAUAAGCAUGAUAGGCAUGCGCGUGAUGGACGAGAUCGUGAAGCCGCUGCGGGAGAUCGACAUCGACGACACGGAGUUCGCCUGCCUCAAAGCUAUCGUCUUCUUUGACCCCAACGCCAAGGGCCUCUCGCAGCCUCAGAAGAUCAAGCAACUGCGCUACCAGAUCCAAAUAAACUUAGAAGACUACAUCAGCGACCGGCAGUACGACGGGCGCGGGCGCUUCGGAGAGUUACUGCUGUGCCUGCCGCCGCUGCAGAGCAUCACGUGGCAGAUGAUCGAGCAGAUACAGUUCGCCAAGCUGUUCGGGGUCGCGCACAUCGACAGUCUGCUGCAGGAGAUGCUGCUCGGAGGCGCAUCAGCCGAGACCCCGAUGGAAGAGCCGAGCGCGGACAUGGCGCCGGAGUCGUCGUCGCCGCUGUCGGCCGCGUCCUCGCCGCCGCUCGUGCCGCAGCUGCCGCUGCCCGACCCCGCCUUCCUCGAGCCCAUACCCUUCAAGCAGGAGCCUAACAUGAGUCCUGAACACCCUUCGCAAUUGAUGAAGACUGCUCAUAUCACGUCCUUAUAACGUGCCUUCCAAAUUAUUUCGUGGAUUACCUUACAACUUCCAGAAAGGUGUAGUUUCUAAAAAUUAUGAACGUUACCAAAUUGUGUUUAAAUCUUAAUAUACACUUGUGGUUGUCUCGUCCUUAGUGUAACUAUAAAUCUAGUUAGUACUGCCAAAUCGAACCAGCUUGGUGCCUAUAUUUUCACAAUUUUUAGAAAUAGGUGUAGGUGUAUUAUUUGGUGGAUUUCAGAGAUAUUAUACAUGUAUUGUUAAGACUAAUAUGUUGUGUGAGUGCAAUCAUAAACGCGGCUGUGUGUGUGGAUAUUAUGAGAUCAGAUUCCUUCGUGUGUUUAGUGAAAGAAGUUAUUAUAUUCAAAAUAGAUAACAAUGUGAAAGAUUUUAGAGUAUCAUGUUCAGAAAUGUUAUUCCUUAUAAUUAUAAAGUUAUGGCCUUUGUGCAAUUUUAAACAGUAACGUUUUAUAUUGUUUAAAGUGUAAAUACUAUACUUAUAUUUUACGUUGGUACUCGUAAUUUUGAUUCGGAUGUUAGUUACCACGAAAUCGGGUGAUAGAUGUUUUCUUUGCUCUAAGCAGUUUGGAAGUUUUAGUCAAAACUUUGCGUUCUAUAACCUGCCUCCGUGGCACGGUUAUCGCGCCGCGCGUGGCGCGAAUUAUAUCUCCGUCUUCAACCAAUAACCGUACGACAUUUAUCUGCGCAGAUAGCGUUCGCUACGUCUAUUGAGCGAAUCCUCGACACGCGCGACACUGUAGCCGUGACGAAGGGGCUGAAGUUAGGCAUUUUAUCUCAUAUUAGUUAUAUAAUCGCAGCCAUUAUAGUUAGAACAUGUGAUUCAUUGUAGACUGUAUCUACAUUUUGUAGAAUCAUUUAUAUAAAGCUAUUUACUAUUAUAUUGUAGUCCAUUUAAAUAUUUUUUAAAUCAUGAUAUGAAAUGCUCAAUGUAAGUGCAGGAGUGUGUUAUCAUAAGGUGAAAGUUAUUUAUGUAUAGGGGGUUAAUAUGAAGUUUCAAGGGUUUAUGUAGAAAUCUGUCGAUAGAAGUAUAGCCUAGGUGCCUUAUUGCCCUAUUGAGGUGUAUUGUUGAAAAUGUACAUACUAUGUUAUGAUUUUUAGUAGAUUAUAUUUUAAUAAAUAAUUGUUACAAU